AUGGAAGGUGAUAUCAAUCAACAAAGAUCCUAUUCCUUUCCAUCAUCACACUUGGAUCAGGGAGCAUCUUCUACUCAACAACAACCAUAUGUAUCAAACUUGGAAUCUGAUAGUUUAACAAAUCACAGACAAGUAGCUAAUGCAGGAGAUGCUAGCCUUCAGGCUCCAAGGCCGCUUUUCGUUAAAAUUCGGUCUUUUUUAAGCUCUCUUCUACCAGAUUUGGCUAAUUACUGGAGCGCAACAAGGACACCACAAGGAGAACUGGAGCAGAUAGUGUCAGAGGAACCAAGCUCAAGAGAAAGAACAUUAGAUGAGUACCGUGCCCUAUGUGGUCCCCUCCUUCAAGCUGCCUUAAAGGGUGAUUGGCCGGCUGCUGAGGCUUUUCUUAGGCAAUACCCAUACUGUGUUCGAGUUCCCAUAUCGAAACAGCGUGACACCGCACUACACAGUGCAGUGGCCGUAAAAGGCACCUCUUUUGUAAAAGAACUGUUGAAACAGAUGAAUCCCGAUGAUUUGGAAUUAAGAAACAUAAAUGGAGUUACAGCCCUUCACGUUGCUGCCCAAACGGGAGAUGUAAGAAUCGCCAAGGAGAUGGUGAAAAAGAACAAACAACUUCUAUUGAUAAUUAAUAGCCAAAGAAUGAAACCGGUUCACGUUGCAGCUCAUCUAGGACACACACACAUGGUGGAUUAUCUAUUCUCUGUGACUCCUUUUCAGGAGUUGACUACUGAUGAACGCAUUAAUCUCCUUCAUUUUACUGUUUCCGCAGGUUUUUACGGUAUUGCAUUGGAAAUUCUGACAAAGGAUCCGAACUUAGCAAAUGGCGAUGCUGGCACUGAAUUUAGGCGAAGAGCUUUAGCAGAGUUGGCCAGAAAACCUUUUGUCAUUGGCCGCCAAAGUCAGCUAUCAUUACGGAAAAGGCUCUUAAAUUCCUGUAUGGGGUGUCCGGAUAGGUUAAUGGCAUGUCCAGAUAGGGCCUUGCGGAGGAAGAAAAAGCAUGUUUCUGGAACUGCUAUCCGGACAGGCUGUCUUGUGGUCCGGACAGCCUUGGCAGGACGAGAUUGCAUGUUUUUGGAAUUCCUGUCCGGACAGGUCUGCAAUGGGAGAAAGCUACAUUCUAGAAAUGUUGUCCGACCAUGA